AUGGACAUUGACGAGAAGAGCACUGCCUUCUCCCAGGCUCAGAUAUCAGCGCCUGCGAGAGAGGGAAGGAGGCAAACGAUUGACACCUCGAUGAUGACGACCGUCAUCCCGGAGCCCACGCCGCCUGCCGGCGAAUCCCAGCGCCGAUUUUUCUGGCUGCCGCGUUCGGCCACACCUUCCCUGCGAAGUCCUACGUUUCGCCGGCGAGUGACGAGCCCGUACGACGACGACGACUACGCGUACUCGGAGAGCAACCCGUUCGGGGAAGACUUCAGGGAGCAGAACGAGCAGGCCGAGAGGGACUGGGACUACGACGACGAUGAAGACGGCCACGACCACGACCACGGCGAGAACCCGUUCGAAGAUUGCGAGUACGAGCUGCCGCCGGCGACGGCGAAGAGGGAGGGGACGUGGACCAAGUUCAAGAAGGCGAUGAGUCCCAAACGCGCCAUCAGCAAGUGGAAAUAUCGCAAAGUCAAGCACAACGGGCUCCAACCGGACGAACCGGAUCGUGGAGACCCCCAUGGACAAGUCUCUUGA